UUUUUCUAGUCCACAGAUGGUGUUAAGAUUUAAGGAGCCUGGGGCUGAUCUACAGAAGCAGGAGGUAGAGUAAGAGGAGGAGGAGGAGGAGGAGAAGAACGAGGAGGAGGAGGAGAAGAAGGAGGAUGGGGGUGGGAACCUGAGCAGGACAGGCAGAGCUGCUGCUGCUCACUCUGCUCUCUUUUCUCUGGGACUGAGUGGAAGUCUGGAAGAGACUGAAGUGUUUUUGGAUGGCAUUUUUUAAAUGGUUUUGAUGAACACAUUGUAUAAAGGACACAGGGAUAAUAUUGCUUACCAUUGUUUACGUUGAAGAACAUCUCUCAGGACCUGUCAGCAUUUUCUGGAGCUCAUGCCUGGUUGGAGACUAAUCUUGAAACUGGUGGAAUCAACUGUCUUGUGAGUUCUUCAAGGGUUUCCAGAUCACUUAGAUGGAUUUUUCUGGUGUAUUUGGAGAAUAUUAGGAACAUAAUAUAGGUAGGCAAUCUUCUUAGGGUUGUCUAUGUCUAGAAUAUUGAGACUUUUUUCCAGACAUUAAGAUUUCUGGUUUUCCUCUUCUUUUGGAUUUCCUAAUCCUAUAAUCACAUAAUUAGUUUGAAUUAAGUAAAUAAAUUGAGUCUGUUUUAUAUAAAAAUUAAUAGUUCCAAACAUUACUCAACUACUUUGAGUUUGAUGAACAUUUGCGGCUACAUAAACAUUCGUAAAUGCAGUCUUUGAGUUGGAUCCACCUAUAAUAGUUGAGUUUUUUUCCAUUUGCUUCUGCAUUUGCUUUUUCCAAUAUUUAAAUACUUGGUCCUGUUCCCUAGUUUCUGACACUUACCAUCAGUGUGUAGUAAUUUCCCCCAAGGCUACCUUAGGUAAACUUGCUGAUCCAAGCAUCAUUUUCUGAGCUGUUAUCUCUCUGUGCUAGCUCUAUAGCAUUUCCUUUCCUUUAGUAUAGUUUAAUAUAAAUACAAAUAUCUAUUUUAUUUAAUUUACCAAACAAUUUGAAGUAGAAUUAUUGUACAAAGCAAGUUUUCAAGUUUAUUUAACUCAAAGAAAGAAUAAAGCCAUGUGGUGCACAAUGACAUGGAUGGCGUUCAUGCUCCUAAGUGUGGGACUCUGCCAGAGUUUACCUCAGUACACCUACGACGACUUGGACGAUGACUUGGCCAUGACCUUUGACUAUUACAAGGCCACGGACGAGCUGGAUUACAGGAACGAGAGUGUGUGUGAGGAGUGUGUGCCGGAGCUCUGUCCGGUGACUCAGGGCUGCAGAGCCGGGCUGGUGAGGGAUAUCUGCGGCUGCUGCUUCGAAUGUGGAAACCUGGAGGGUCAGUCAUGUGAUCUGGAGGACAGGAACGUCCGAUACGGAGUUUGUGGAGAGAACAUGGAGUGCAAGCUGGAACCCGGGCAGGUGGUGGACGCUGAUGGAAGUGUUCCCGAAGCUCAGUGCGUUUGUGUGUCACAAGAACCUCUGUGUGGGACUGACGGCAAGACGUACAUGAACCUCUGCAAGUUUAAAGAAGCAGCGUUCUCCAGUCCUGGACUCAACGUGAGUGAGGGGCCCUGUAAAACAGUUCCAGUCAUUAAGGUCCCGCCGCGGGACCUGGUGAACGUGACUGGCAGCAGUGUGGCGUUCCUGUGUGAGGUGUUUGCUUUCCCCAUGGCUCUUGUGGAGUGGAGGAAGGAUGGGAACGAGGUCAUUUUGCCUGGUGAUGAUCCUCAUAUAUCUGUGCAGUCCAGAGGAGGCCCUCAGAAGUAUGAGCUCUCCAGUUGGCUACAGAUUGAAGAAACUACUCGGGAGGAUUCGGGUACCUACAAGUGCAUCACUAGGAAUGAUCUUGGUGACAUCUCAGCCACCGCAGUGUUGCGGAUUUUACCACCAGAUGAGAUGGCUGCCUACAUAGAAGCGAACAUCAGAGAUCUGACUGGAUAUGAUCAGAUGAGAGACUACGAUGGAGACUACUACUGAACCACUUCAAACAAAUAAACAUCACAGUCUCGCUGAAACUACAUCUCAGCGAGGAACUGUGUGCAGCGAGUCUGUAAAAACAUCUCCUGUCCCCUCUAGAGAUGCAACAUCUGGAUGUACACUGACAAAGAGAGAGAGAGAGAGAGAGAGAGAGAGAGAGAGAGAGAGAGAGAGAGAGAGAAAGAGAGAACAUCAGGGGAACGUUUCAGGUGGUGCGAAAUCCCAUUGCACAAUCCUCUGAGGAGAAAGAAAAACACACAGAGACCCCGAAGAAGCAAAGGUUGAGGAGAGGGACUGUGGGGGUGGGUCACCCUGCUGGGACUGGAGCAGCUAGCAGCUUGAAGGCUUUAUUAGGAUUUGAGGAUGAAUGUCUCUUUUGUUUGAACUCGCUCUCUUCUAUUUCCCUUGUGACCAAGUGUAUGAAAAAUAUUUGCUUAUGAGCGGCAAACUUGGAGAACAUUCCAGGCUCCAUAAAUAGUGUCAUCUGGACACUUCUGGUUCAUCUGGAGUGUCCUUUUCACUAGCCAUGUUUACAUUCAGCCUGAUCAUCCAUCCAUUAUCAGUUGAGCCAUUCAGAAUACAAUACAAGUGAGUUACUGUGUAAAUAAUCCAAAAAAUAUAAAACAAACAAUUGCCAUGCAAUUAGAUUCCCAAUUGGAUAAUUUUAGGUUUAAAUUCUUUGCAAAACUUAGGUUGUACAACACGGCUACAGAAAUGUGCAUUAUUACAGGAACACAGGCUCUUUUGGUUGAUUCUGUAUAUAUCAACUUUUUUAAGUCACAUGAAAAGAUGAAUAAGAAUUUUAACUUCCACAAAAAAAUCUGACUAAUAUCUCAACUGGACUAUAACACGUCCAGGUAUACACUUCAAUCAAAUUGAUCUAGUCCAAGGGAGGCUAUUUUACAGUUGCAAGAAAAAGGAUGUGGGAUUACUUGGAUUUCUGCAUAAAUUGGUCAUUAAAUGUGUUCUGAUCUUUAUCUAAGUCACAACAAUAGACAAACACAGUCUGCUUAAGCUAAUACCACACAAAAAUGUAUAUGUUUGCAUGGUUUCAUUGAACACAGCAUGUUAGCAUUCACAGUGCAGGGUGGAAAAAGUUUGUGAACCUUUGGAUUUAAUAAAUGGCUGCAUUUAAUUACUAAUUUGGCAGCAAUAACCUCAAUCAAACGUCCUCCUAUAAACUUCAUCCUUGUUUGAUGUUUUUCUUUAUUGUAGAUUUAUCAACAAAAAUGUAAGCAUGUGCCAGAGAUUUCUGUAAGUCUUCAGCUCACACUCUAGGAUUCUUCCUCACCUCAUUGAUCAUUCUGUGCUGUGCUCUUGCAGUCAUCUUUACAGGACGACCAUUCCUAGAGAGAGUAGCAACAGUUCUGAACUUUCUUCAUUUGUAGACCGCCUGUCUUACCAUGGACAUAUGAACAUCAAGGCUUUUAGAGCUACUUUUGUAACCCUUUUCAGCCUUCAUGCAAGUCAACAAUUCUUGAACGUAGGUCUUCUGAGAGCUCUUUUGUGCGAGGCAUGAUUCACAUCAAGCAAUGCUUAUUAAGAACAGCAAACUCAAAAACUGGUGUGUUUUUAUAGGGCAGGGCAGCUUUAAACAACACAUCCAAUCUGAUCACAUCCUGGCUCCAAUUAGCUUUUAGAAAAGUCAUUAGCCUAGGGGUUCACAUAUCCCCCCCCUCACUGUGCGUGUUAACAUGUUGUGUUCAAUAAAACCAUGCAAACAUAUUUUUUGUGAGUUUUUUUCUUGCAACUGUAUACACCUAAAUCAAAUCAAUCUAGUGAUCAACUGAGGCUAUUCUAAAUACAAUAUAAGUUGAUAAUUCUUUAAAUUUUCUGCUAUUCAUAGUCAAAUAAUAGCCAUGUAAACACUUGUAUCCAAUUACAUUCCCAAUCAGAAAGUCUAAAUACCCUCUUUGCACGCACAUUUUGCACUCUAUUAAAAAGUCUAACUUGUUCAAGACAACAGCAACAUGCAUUAUUACUGGAAUUGGGGCUCUUGCGCUCCUACGCUCUUACAGAAAAAGUCUGUGAAUUCCUUUACUAUGACUCUUCCACCAGUCUUUACUGCACUCUUUCAUCCAGAGGUUUUGCAUUACCGGUGGUGGGACUGGCAUCCAGCUCAGAAUUUUGCAGAGCAUGUCGCCAUCAUUUUUAAGCAAUUAAAAAACGUACCUAGCAACUGAAAACUCAGGUUACAUAGUGUCUUAAUGUCUCUGAAUGGACUCACACAAGGCUUGUUGUCAUGAUACUUCUGCUUUAAAGGAGAACUCCGGUGUAAAAUGGACUUUUGGUUUAGUAAAACAUGAUAAAAAGUACUAACCUUUGUUGAAUAGCCCACCUCCGCUCUCCCACAGCUUUUCAGAGAUCCAGUAAUUUUGUGCUAAAGAACAUAAUACAAAGUAUUUCAGCAUGAAAGCAGGUAUUUUGUAAUUUGUGACAGCGUCCUGUAUCAUUAUUACAUCUCUACUAUUUGUAAUAAACCGAACCGUGUAAAAAUCAAGUAAAAUUGGUAUAGUUGUGAUUAUUAUAGGUGUAUUAAACACCUUCCUCAGUAUAAAUAAAUGCACUGGGUGUCAGGAGGCAAGCUAUGAGAAGUCUAUGUAUAUAUGUCUGUCAUUAUCAGUACAGUGAUGGCGGUGCUCAGAGCUGAAAGCUGGUGGCACGGGAUGUAAACAUUAUUUUUUACUAAGGUUCUUGUGCACUUUUGAAGUUAUUAAUUAAAUGUAAUUAAUUUUAAUGUUGGGGCUCUCCGGAUUCUACCAAGGAGGUGUGGAGCUACUCUUACCCUGGAUAAUGCUGUAAAAAGCGGUUUAUCAGGGGCAAAAUAUGCCCCAAAGCGGUGCUGGGCAAAAAGCACAAAAUUACCUUAUCUCAGAAAGCUGUGUGAGAGCUGAGGUGUGCUAUUCAACAAUGGUAAGUACUUUUUAUUAUGUUUUUACUACACCAAAAGUCAAUUUUACACCGGAGUUCUCCUAUAAAUCAAUGCAGAGGCUAUGGUGUAGCCUGAACAAAUGGCCUCCACUGCUGUGAGCAUUUAUAUUUGUGCAUUGUUGUGUCUGCAUUGCUCAAAAACACCUCUUAAACAAAGACAAAGUGAAAAUGAAAAUGUGAAGACGAGAAGACAAUGCCCAGCAGAUAAACCACAGCUGCUGCAUCUGCAUCGCCACAUUGCGCUGUUAUAUUUAUGGGGAGUUGUGCAUCAGGCUACGGUGUAGGUUAGACACAGAAGCAUAGAAUGACCUUAAGACUGCAUUUUCACAGAAGAUUAAAAUCUAAUCUGCUCAUCAAAGCUACUUUUUUUUAUUGUAACCCAUAUCUGGCAUCUGUGUGAACAUUUCAAACUCUUGUAAAUAAGGCAAGUUAUUUGAACACAAACACUUUUUUGGUUUCUUUUAAAAGCUUUUAUGCAUUUUAUUUUUAAACUUUGAUCCUGUAGCUACAUCCUCCUGUGGCCAUGUUUAGACAUUAAAAAAAAAGACAUCUUUAAACAUGUCAAACUGCUGUUGUCCAUUUUCCCUUCUCCUCAUGUACACAGUUACAUGAAUUUGGAUCUGGCUGUUCAGACUGAUUCAUAUUGCUGUUAAUCGGAUAUGUAUUACAUUUUGAAUCCACAAAUAAAGACACAAAAGUGGCCCAUAUUUAGAAUUGGAUUUUUUUGCAGUUCACACUAUGGCAAAAAUAUCAUUUUUUUUAAAUCAAAUUUUUAUCUUUUUUUUCUCCCCAAAUUAUUUGGCCAAUUACCCAACCCACUCAUUAGGACUCUCCCUAUCACUAGUGAUGCCCUAGCACACCAGGAGGGUAAAGACUAGCACAUGCCUCCUCUAACACAUGUGAAGUCGGCCACCGCCUAUUUUCCAACUGCUGCUGAUGCAACAUUGCCGAGUAGCAUUAAAGCACACUUGCAGGAAAACGCAGCGACUCGGUUCUGAUACAUCAGCUCACAGAUCCCUUGUGUUGAUCGACAUCACCUAUUUGGAGUGAUGUGGGGAGAUAGCGCCAUCUACCCACUCAGAGAGAGCAAGACUAAUUGUGCUCUCUCAGGGCUCUGGUAGCUGAUGGCAAGCUACAUGAACAGGAUUCGAACCGGCGAUUUCCUGAUCAUAGUGGCAGCGCUUAGCCCACUGGAAUUUCUUUGGUUUCUUUAGCUUUUAAGCCUUUUUAUUUUUAAGCUUUUUUAGACGUUACUUUUUCAGUGCUUCUGAAACUCUUACUCACUGCUGUUGUCCAUUUUCCAUGUUCACAGUUACAUGAAUUCGGAUUCGGAUUGUUUAGACUGAUUCACAUUGAUGUUAGUCAGAUAUGUAUUAAAUUUUAAACCCACAAAUAAACAUACAAAAGUGGUCAAUAUUUGGAAUUGGCCACUUUUUUUUUGCUGUUCACACUACUGCAAAAAUAUCUGAUUUGGGCCACUUGUUUUUUGAACUGCUGUGUAAAUGCUAUUUAAACAGCAUACAAUAAGAUGGUAAGAUGGUUAGAGUAAAAUCCACAUACAGUAUAAACACUUUUAAUCUUUAAUCAGAAUUAAUUGUAAUGGAUUUUAAAAAAUCUAUGUAUGUAAAUUAGAAUAAGUAGCUCUUUCUGAAGGCCCGGACUAGUUUUCAUAGAGAGUCCAGCAUUUGCGCGAGCCAACUCGUAACAUAUCCUCUUCCAUUUCUUGAGUGGAACAUCCAUCAGCAUCUGGGUUUAUGUAUUUUUCCAUAUGUGGCAUCCCUCGCUGGGAUGUAGGAACAGUGAGGUCCACACAUGUUUUUCUUUAAGUCCUUCUGUCUGAAGACCUGAGCACAGACAUCCUGCUCCCCCUUUCAAGGUGCAGACCCUUGUCUCCUUUAAUAAAAACAUAAUCCUGUGGACUAGACACUACUGUACGUAGCAGCCUUUCCGCCCCUAUAAUUUGUGCUCUCUUUAAUUGACUGCUUUGGUAACCACCCCUGAGGACUGUGGAUGCCUAGUACAGCAGAUGAAUGCUAUGAACGGUGCUAUAUUAUAAACUAUGGGUUAUGUAUGGGUUUUUUUUUUUUGGGAUACUACAUUAUUAUUAUAUGCUUGUUUCUAUGUAUAGAGUCUAUUUUGAUUGUAGAAGACCACAGUCGUGAAAUCUCUGGUGCUCCUGAUGCUCAGCAUCAUUUAAACUCGCUGCAGUUUGAGCAGUAAACAUUAGAGAUGUGACCAGGUGCUAUUUUCCAGUACCGUGUUUUUGAAGAUGCUGAACUAAAUAAAUGAGCUGUAAUAAA